GCCAUUUCAUAACUCUUCACUUUAUUCCUACUAUUGUAUAACACCACAAAUCUCUGCUUUUUUCCUCAGAUCUUUUCCAUUUUCUUGGUUUUUACUCCAAAUGGCGAUAUGGGGGGCUUUGAAUUCUUGUAAGCAUAGUUGCUAGCAGUUGCUGUUGUUGUGUGAUCUUGGUCUCGGUCCAUUCUAUUUAGGAAGCUAGAUGGGUUCCAGAUUCCCAUCUCAUCAGCUCAGCAAUGGGCUUUAUGUCUCAGGCAGGCCAGAGCAACCUAAAGAAAGGACUCCAACCAUGAGCUCAGUAGCCAUGCCGUAUACUGGUGGAGAUAUUAAGAAGUCAGGAGAACUGGGGAAAAUGUUUGAUAUCCCUAUGGAUGGUUCUAAGUCCAGGAAAUCUGGGCCUAUAAGUAGUGCUCCUUCAAGGACUGGAUCUUUUGGGGGUGCUGCUUCACAUUCUGGACCAAUCAUGCCGAAUGCAGCACCUCGGGCAGGCUAUACUACAGGAGGUCCUGGUGCCAUUGGAGGCAUAUCUGGUUCAGCCUCAUUAAAGAAGUCAAACUCUGGACCGCUGAAUAGACAUGGGGAUCCUGUAAAGAAAUCAUCUGGUCCACAAUCUGGUGGAGUAACACCAAGUGGACGUCAAAAUUCUGGUCCUAUUCCUCCUGUUCUCCCUACAACUGGCCUUAUUACAUCUGGGCCCAUCUCUUCAGGCCCAUUGAACUCCUCUGGGGCUCCUCGGAAAGUGUCUGGUCCUUUGGAAUCUAUGGGAUCAAUGAAAGUAAAAGGUUCUGCUGUUGUUCAUAAUCAGGCUGUGAAUGUUCUUAGCCAAGAUGAUGACUUUUCUUUCAAGAAGAACUUCCCAAAACUAAUAUUAUGGGCACUGAUACUGCUUUUUGUAAUGGGUUUCAUUGCUGGUGGUUUUAUUCUUGGAGCAGUUCACAAUGCCAUUCUCCUCAUUGUUGUUGUGGUUCUUUUUGGUGCUGUUGCUGCAUUAUUUGCUUGGAACUCCUAUUGGGGGAGAACAGCUAUUUUGGGUUUCAUUGCUCGUUAUCCAGAUGCUGAGCUUAGAAAUGCAAAGAAUGGACAAUUUGUGAAAAUUUCUGGGGUGGUAACAUGUGGGAAUGUGCCUCUUGAGUCAUCCUUCCAGAAAGUUCCCAGAUGUGUUUAUGCAUCUACUAGUUUGUAUGAGUAUCGAGGAUGGGAUUCCAAAGCUGCCAAUCCCAAGCAUCGUCGUUUUACUUGGGGACUCCGAUUGUUGGAAAGGCGUGCAGUUGACUUCUACAUAUCAGAUUUCCAGUCUGGGUUGAGAGCAUUAGUAAAAGCAGGCUAUGGAGCAAGAGUGACUCCUUAUGUGGAUGACUCAAUUGUUAUAGAUGUCAACCCAACCAAUGAAGUGUUGUCUCCAGAAUUUGUCAGGUGGUUGGCAGAAAGGAACCUUUCCAGUGAUGACCGUGUUAUGCGAAUGAAAGAAGGGUAUAUUAAGGAAGGAAGCGCGGUUAGCGUAAUGGGAGUUGUACAGAGAAAUGACAAUGUACUUAUGAUUGUCCCUCCACCAGAGCCAAUUACAACUGGAUGCCAGUGGUUCAAAUGUAUCUUCCCAGCUAGCCUCGAGGGUAUUGUAUUAAGAUGUGAAGACACAUCAAAUAACGAUGCCAUACCCGUUUAGUAGCCUGUGCAUUGUAAACUUUUCCAGCAACAACUCUUUUAAAAUUUAUUCUCUUUUUCUUCCUUUUUUUUUUUUUUUUCUAUUAAUAUUUGGUGAUGGUGGUGGCUGUGGUAAGGACGUGUGAUGAACGUGGGAGGCUGGUGGCGUUUCUUAUCCUUUUAACUUGGUGUAUAGCUUUUUCAGGUUUAUUUGCCCUUAAUUUUUAUCUUGUAGGCUUGAAGGCUGUUGUUAUGGGGUUGUUUUCAUGCGGUUGGGGAUUUUAUGUGUGAGAAUUUCGUGAUAUUGUUAAAUAGAAAGAAAAGCACUACAAGCUAUUGAGUAUAUUUGUGUUUGUAUGACAGUUUUGCUUUGUUUUUGUUGCCAAUGACAGGCUCCCCUCGAUUUUGAUCAUUAAUGACUUUGAAUUUCAAUCUCACGUCCUGCGCACAAACACUAUACUUGAAUUACAUGUUGCUAAUUGGCUAAAAUAUUCAGGGUGUUGUUCAAUUUAGGAUUAAUAAUAUAAUUUAAUCUCGUGUCCUCCAAAUGAAAAUUGCCAUUUAAUAAAAAAUGCUAAUGAAAGUUAUAACUAUGUCAUUGUCAUGAAAAAUAUCAUGAGCCCUAUACGUUACUUCAAUAACCUAACCAUGAGAAAUAACUA